AUGUCCCGCUACGACGACGACCGUCGCCCCCGCCAUAAGCCCACGAGAGAUAGAUACGACGAUUACGACGAUAUGUCAUACGAUCGUGAUGCGAAAUCCACCACCAUCGUGAGGCGACGGGAUGACUCUGUCUCCUCCAUUGAAGAGGUGACCAGAGACUUUCCUCCGGGUGAUCGCGGAGGGGCUGUAUACCGCGAGACGACCGUAAGAAAGUCCGGCCACCGACCCGCUGGCACCCGCUCCAAGUCUUAUGAUGACGACGACUAUUACGAUGAUCGUUACUCGACCUACAGUCGUCGCACUCGUCGUGACCCGCGAGAUGACGAUACCUAUAUCUCGAGGCGAAGCAAGAAAUACGACGACAGAGACGACCGCCGUCGACAUUAUGAUUCGUAUUCUGACUACUCGUCUCGCAGCCCAUCUCCUCGGCCCAGGAAAGACAAGGAACGGCGCAAGUCGACCACUGAAGAAGUCCUGAAAUCCAUCGGACUAGGUGGCGUGGCAGGUGCCUUUCUUGGCAAGGGCGGGGACAAAGACAAAGACCGCUCCCGCUCCCGCUCUCGGUCCCGUGACCGCGACAGUCGUGCCCGAAGUCGUCGUCGUCGAGGUUCCUCCUCAUCUUCUGGCUCUAGAUCACGUGGUAAAUCUCGGAAUGGCAAGAAGGAGCGCGGCGCCGAGGCUCUGAAAGCGGCCCUCCUGGCUGGUGUCGUUGAAGCGGUCCGUGCACGCAAGGAGCCAGGCGGUUGGGGCGGCGAGAAGGGCAAACGCGUCCUCACCGCUGCCGUUUCCGCUGGUGGCGUUGACGGCAUUCUAUCCCACAACAGAUCUGGAGACCACUCUACCCGUGAUGUUAUCGGUUCCGCUGUCGCGGGUUUGGCUACCAAUCGCAUUGUCAAUGGCGCUCGUUCGAAGUCCCGCGGUCCCGAUGAACACGGCCGUCGAGACGGCAGUCGCAGUCCUGAUAGUCGCGGCCGCAGUCAGUCUCGUGGUGGCAUUGGCGACCUUGCUGCAGGUGGUGUCCUCGCUGCGACUGGCAAAAAGUUCUAUGACAGGAUCCGCUCUCGAUCUCGUGGUCGCGCACGUUCGAGAGAAUCCUCGUACGACAGCUUUGACAGCCGUCGCUCGCCCUCUCGCCCUAAGCCUGAGCGCAAACGCAGUUCCAGUGUCUCCGCUGCUGUCGCCAAAGGUCUCGGUGCCAUAGGACUCGGCGGGGCGGCUGAUAAGAUCGACCCGGAGCGUCGCAAGUCCAAGCAAUAUGACGAUCAAGCAUACGAUGACAGAUCCAGGGGCUACGAUGAUAGAUCCAGAGGUUAUGAUGACUACUCUAACGGUGGAUAUAGAGACUCCAGAGAUGUAGGUGCCCUUACCCCUGCCGGCGCUGCCGGGCCCGUCGUCGGCGCUCCUCGUGCGGCCAGUACUAGCCGCGUGCCUGGACAGCCUUACAGAGCGGACUUCGGGCCCCACCAUACCGGCGACCCUGAAACAGACUCCGAUUCUGACCUGGGAUCCAGUUCCGGUGAUGAGAAAGAUAUGAAAAAGAGCCGCAAGAAAUCAGUCGUUACUGGAGCUCUCGCCACCGUGGCUACCAUUCAUGCCGGUCACAGUAUCUAUCAAUCUAUGGAGAAGAGGAAUGCACGUCGAAAGGCUCUUAAGGAAGGCGACAUAUCGCCUGAGCAAGCACGCAGGGAGAAGAACAGGGCACGGCUUCAGGAUGCGGCCAGCGUGGGCAUUGCCGCGCUGGGUAUCAAGGGAGCGUACAGCGAAUGGCAAGGUCUGCGAACCGAAAGUAAGGAAAUUGAGGAGAAAAAAGAGGCAAUUGAACGACACAAGGUCAAGCGGGAUGCUCGCCGAAGAAAGGAGCAAAUGCUGGCGGCACAAUCGUAUCGCGAAGCAGGAUUCAACGGAUCUCUGCCGAAUCUUGCACCAUCCGACUCCCCCUACUAUGGAAGCGACACUGGUCAUUACGCCUCGCACACGCAGGGCCCUCCACACUACGCCGACGAUAAUCCGUACGCAUCCUACGCUGCUCCACAACCAAAUCCAAAUCAAUACUCUACCCCGCCACCACAACAUCCGCAGUACAACCCGCAGUACAAUCCGGGAGCGUACCAGCACCCAUACGACAUACCACCACCUCCCAUGGGUCCCCCACGAGCCGAUACACGCUGA